AUGUCUCUCGCAACGAAAACCGUCAAAGAAUUGAAAUCUAUCGCCAAAGAGCGUGGAAUGAAACGUUAUUCAGCCUUACGAAAGGCUGAGUUGAUAAACUUAUUAGAUGCACCACGUGUAUCGAGUACCCCUGUUCAAAGACCGAUUCCCGCUCCGAGACCUGCUCCGAGACCUGUUCCAGCACCAAGAACACAAAGACCUGCUCCGAGACCUGCUCCGAGACCUGUUCCAGCACCAAGAACACAAAGACCUGCUCCUGUUAACAUACUGGAUAUUCAAAAUCCACAAAUAAAUGUUCCAGUUUUAACUCCAACAGUUGUCACGACGACUACCAAUAAAGUAAAAGAUGUCUUGCAAAAGACGAGCAAAAAUAUAGUUGACUGGACCAAAUGGUUAGUAGAUACCAGCAAGGAGAUCGCUAGUAAGAAAAAUAUAUCUUCAGCAUUCGAAUCAACCAAACAAAAGAUAUUGAGCCUAUUUGAGAAAAAAUCACCAGUAAGUUUUACAUUUAGAGAGGAAAGAUCAUCGCUAAGAAAUUUUACCACUCAGUAUGUUAUAGAUGGAAGGGCGGGUUAUGACCCAGAAUCGUUCCUAAAUGCUGUAAGACGAACUGUAACCACCCUAUUAGCAAACAAACGUAGAACAAAGGUAAAACUCAUCCUUAACCUUGUUAUGGAAAAAGUAAACAUUUUUCCUGGCGAAGGUAUCAACCAAGACACAUCAUUUCACUCACGCGUUGAAGUUAACCUUGAAGGAACAAAUGUAAAUGAAAUAUACCAGAAUAUGAUUGAUCGCAUUAUGGAAAGCAUAACAACGUUCCAGAUGAGAGGUAGUAACUGGCGAUUUAAAUCCAUCGACUCUCUCGAAAUCCACACAGUCUCGUAUAGACCACUCGGUGGAAGCUCGUACAUUCCAUUACCUAAGGCGCUGCAGUCGAGAAAAGCAAUUAUCAAUUUAAAAAAUGAUGACGACAAGUGUUUUCUAUAUUCCGUCACAAGAGCAUUACACCCUGUAGAGCGUGAUGCUGAGCGUACUUCAAAGAUCCUAAAAGUACAAACAGAAGAAGUCAACAUGGAAGGUAUUGAAUAUCCAGUUACCCUCAAGGCAAUUGAUAAAGUAGAAAAGCAGAACCCUGACAUUUCCGUGAACGUAUUUGGUUUUGAGGCUUGCGUUUACCCACUCAGAGUAAGUAAAUACACAGACAGAACAGCUAUCAACCUUUUGUUAAUUUCUGAUGGUGAGCGACAACAUUACUGUCUCAUCAAGAAUAUGAGCAGAUUACUUUCGUCACAAACUGGCAACAGGCAACAUGAAAAGUACUUUUGUAUGAGGUGUUUGAACUCAUUUCAUUCCCAAGAUUCAUUAAAUAAACACAUAGAGUUCUGCUCUUCCAAUGAAGCUGUCAAGAUAGAAAUGCCUGAAGAGGGUUCAACUAUUUCAUUUAAUAAUCAUAUUAGAUCAAUGAGAGUGCCUUUCAUAGUGUUUGCUGAUUUUGAGUCCUUAAUAAAACCUAUAGAUACCUGUGAUCCUAGCGCAGAAAAGAGUUAUACAAAGAAAUAUCAGAAACACACCCCUUCUAGUUUUUGUUACUAUGUUAAGUGCUUUGAUGACAAUGUCUAUUCACAGAAGCCAGUGGCCUAUACUGCUAAAUCUGAUGAUGAAGACGUUGCGCAAAUAUUUGUGGACAAGUUGGAAGAAACUGUCAAAGAGAUUUAUCAAAAGUUUGACAAGCCUGUAAAGAUGAUCUUUGGUAAAGAAGAAAAGAUUGAGUAUGAGAAAGCGACCAGGUGCUGGAUUUGCCAAGGUGAGUUCGACAAAGAUGAUAAAGUUAGAGAUCACUGCCAUUAUACUGGGAAAUUCAGAGGUGCUGCUCACAACAAAUGCAAUCUCAAAUAUAGCAAGCCAAAGUUUAUACCUGUGGUGUUCCACAACCUUAGUGGAUACGAUAGUCACUUGUUUAUCAAAAAUCUUGGUAAGGGUGAGGGUGAUAUCAACUGUAUCCCUAAUAAUGAAGAAAAGUACAUAAGCUUUACCAAGGAUGUUAUUGUUGAUUCUUAUAUUGACAAGAAAGGAAAGAAAAAAGAUGUAAAACAUCAACUUAGGUUCAUUGACAGCUUUAAGUUCAUGGCUUCUAGUUUGGACAAAUUGACAGGCAAUUUAGAUAAAAGCUGUUUCACUAACACUUCAAAAUACUAUAAUGGAAAACAACUGGACCUACUGUUGAGAAAAGGUGUGUACCCCUAUGAAUACAUGGAUUCACUGAAAAGGUUAGAUGAGCCUUGUAUACCACCCAAAGAAGCAUUCUAUUCUAGGCUUAGUGGAGAGGAUAUUAACGAUGAGGGCUAUGAGCAUGCCCAGAAAGUGUGGAAUGAAUUCGAGAUGAAGACGCUCAGAGACUAUCACGACUUGUACAACCAGUCUGAUGUAUUACUCUUGGCUGAUGUUUUUGAGAACUUUCGUGAUGUGUGCAUCAAGAACUAUGGUUUAGAUCCGGCUUGGUAUUACACAGCACCAGGGUUAGCUUGGGAUGCUGCUUUGAAGAUAACUGGAGUUAAGUUGGAGUUGUUACACGACCCAGACAUGUUGCUCAUGGUUGAGAAAGGUAUUCGAGGUGGAAUCUCAAUGAUUAGCAAUAGGUUUGGAAAAGCAAACAACAAAUACAUGGGCGACAAAUUCAACAAAAAUGAGUUGUCAAAAUACAUUACAUAUCUAGACGCAAACAACCUCUAUGGAUGGGCCAUGUCCAAACCUCUUCCUACACAUGGUUUCAAAUGGAUGGACGAAAGUGAACUUAACUCGUGGAAAAAUCAUAGCUGUAUACUAGAGGUUGAUAUGGAGUACUCCAAAGAAUUGCAUGAUUUACAUAACGAUUAUCCUUUAGCACCUGAGAGUAUCAAGAUGAAUAAGGUUGACAAACUAAUUCCAAAUCUCAAUGACAAAGAAAAGUAUGUCAUUCACUAUGAAAACCUCAAACUGUAUGAGAGCCUAGGUUUAAAGAUUACAAGGAUUUAUAGAGGCAUAAAAUUCGAGGAAAGCGCGUGGCUGAAACAAUACAUUGAUCUGAACACGAAUCUGCGAGCAAAGGGGACGAAUGAGUUUGAAAAAGACUUCUUCAAGCUCAUGAACAACUCUGUAUUCGGCAAGACAAUGGAAAAUAUCAGAAGUCGCGUAGACAUCAGGCUGGUUAACAGUGAGGGUAAAGCAAAGAAGUUAGCCGCAAAACCAAACUACAAGCAUUGCAAUAUCUUUAACGAGAACCUGGUGGCCAUACACAUGAAAAAGACAAAGCUAGUAUUCAACAAGCCUGUAUACUUGGGGAUGUGCAUUCUUGAUCUGAGCAAAACACUUAUGUACGAUUUUCAUUACAACUAUAUGAAGAAGAAAUAUGAUACCAAGGCAAAGCUAUUGUUCACCGACACUGACAGUAUAGCAUAUGAGGUACAGACUGACGAUUUUUACAAAGACAUCUCUGGAGAUGUUAGAGCCAAGUUCGACACAAGUAAUUUCUCAAAGGAUCACCCAUCCGGUAUUGAAGCUGGGCAUAACAAAAAGGUUGUAGGCAUGUUUAAAGAUGAGGCAGGAGGUGAGAUCAUAGAAGAGUUUGUAGGACUGAGAGCUAAAUUAUAUUCAUACAAGAUGUUGGAGGGUAAAGAGGAAAAGAAAUGCAAAGGCGUCAAGAAACCUGUUGUCAAGAAAAGUAUUCAGUUUGAGGAUUACAAGAACUGUUUAUUCACAGGUAAGGAGCAGUUGAGAAAGAUGAACGUAAUAAGAAAUCGUGCGCAUGAAGUCUACACAGAGGAAAUGAACAAGGUUGCUUUGUCAGCCAACGAUGACAAGAGGAUAAUCUUGGAGGAUGGGGUGCACACACUAGCGCAUGGACAUUUCAGGGCACAAUGA